AAAAAGCCAAAGUCUUGGAUUGUGCUAAUUGAAGAUGUACAUUAUAAGAAUAAGAGAAAAACGGGGUCAAUGAAUUCCAGCUAGACCCUCCCUCAAAGAUAAGAGAAUCCAUCAAAUAAUAGCAAGUUGGCAAUAAAUGCAGUGCAUAAAAACACGUCAUCCACUGUUUGCAAUGCGCACCAAGAUAGAGUCAAGAAAUUCCGCGUUUGCUCUUUAGCAUAAAUAGACAAAUUCUGAACACAACACCAAGCACCGAAACUUCUAACUCAUUAAUUCACUGUUUUGUAUCAGAAGAAAACAAAGUCCGACCGAAGAUGCUUAGGUUUUUUGUUGGGAGGAUACAAAAGGGUCUUUCACUGUUUGUGGCUAGAAGGCCUGCAUUCAGCUACUUGAGUGAAGAUGGUGCCCCUAAUGAGGCACCGGAUGAUGUUAUGGAAGGUUAUUUUGCUGUUGUUGCAAUGAAGGGUAAGGAAAGAAAAAGGUUCAUUGUUGGGUUAGAUUUCUUGUCUGAUCCUGCAUUCUUGGGACUGUUGGAUCAAGCUCAAGAAGAGUAUGGUUUCCGACACCAGGGAGCUCUUGCACUCCCUUGUCGACCUCAGGAGUUGCAGAAGAUUCUAGAUGCUCCAAAAGCAUAACCACAGAUGAAGGAGUGAAAAUGGAUUGUCAUCUUCCCAUUGUAGAGAACAACUGCUAGGAAACAAACUCUGUAAUAAUAAUCACUUGUUACUUUGUGUAUCUCCAAACAUUCUUGUUCUUUCAAUGAAACAAGUAAAUAACAACUAUUAUCUUAUUCU